CAUAACUAAGCUCAUCAUUUUUAUAUUUCUUUUUUUUCGCACAUUACACACUCCCUUUCACGAUGGAUUUUCGCGAUUUCGAACAUAAGGCGCCGCUGCAGCGCAUCUGGGACGGCAUGAUCCCAAUUGAACUCCAGCUAGCCUCCGCUGAUGCCAUCGAGCUACUGGCUUCAGCAGUUCUGCCAGAGCCCUUCCAAACAUUUUAUCUCCUGGUUCCGCGCGUUAGCUACUUCCCAUUCAUGUGCACGCAGAUUAAGGAACGGUGGCUGGACCCGAUGUUCUCCAUCUCGGGAUCGCGCACACCCGGCAAUAGCGUGAUAAAGGAGUCCGAAAUGUGGUUCGAGUACCGCGGGCAGGCGCUCAAAUGGCACUACCCAGUCGGGCUGCUUUACGACAUGCUCGUAGCGGAUGUCGUCGGUGGCCAGCCCGAGCUGCCCUGGGGACUGACCCUACAUGUGCGCAAGUUUCCGGCGACCAAGCUGGAGGCCGACUUUAUCAGGAAUGGGUCGACAAAGAAGGUCAUGGACUUGGCCAAAUCCGAUCAGAUGCAGUUCCUUGAUGGGCUGGAGACGCACUCGUUCGAGAAGUACUUUGCUAUUCGGUCGAUCAUCAUACCGUCGCAGGAUGCCCGGCCGCCGGUUUCGGCCAGGGGCGGCGGCACAGCGGCUGGGAGGACGGUCCCAAAGGCUAUUCCACUUAAGUUUUAUAUGCAGACCAUGAGUGCGCCCGAGGAAAACGAGAGGGCUGUGACGGCGGGUGCAGCGCGGCAGCCGGAUAUGUCGCAGUUCCAUGUUGCGCAGUUCCCCGUGCCGCUGAUGAGAGAGGGCUCGGCGGAGCUGACUACGCUGGCGGACGCGUUCAAGCUGUGCUACGAGAUCACCGGCCAGAACGACGACGCGUUUGUGGGCAACUGCGUCUGCCUGUCGCAGGGCAUCUGCGUGCCCUGGGAGACGCCCAUCAGCUGGCUGGCGGACAACCUGUUCUACGCGGACUGCUUCUUGCAUCUUGUCGUGGUAGGCGUGUAG